AUGUCUGAGUUCGAGAAGUUAAGGAAAAGUUUGCUAAAAAAGGGGGAACUCUUCGAGGAUAACGACUUUGUGUGCGGCCAGUCGUCGGUCUUCUAUCACGAGACGCCGCCCUUUCAGUUCGUAUGGAAGCGACCGAAAGAGUUGGUCCCGAAUCCGGUCUUUCUGUCCGAUUCUCCCAACAAUUACUUCAAUCUAAGCGCCGGAAAACUUGGUGAUCAAUGGUUCGCUUCGGUUAUCGGGUGUUUGCGGACGACGAAAGGUCUGUUCUAUCGCGUGGUUCCCGCGGAUCAGAGUUUUGAGGCCGAAGAGUAUUGCGGAAUGUUUCGGUUCAGGAUUUGGUGGAACGGCGAGUGGAAAGAGGUUCUGGUGGACGACCGGUUGCCCACCGUCAACAAUAAGCUCAUCUUCAUUCAGGCCCUUCACGGCAACCAAUUCUGGACAGCACUCCUCGAGAAGGCCUACUGUAAACUUCACGGCAGUUACGAAGCGCUCAAAUACGGCAACUCCUUGGAUGGUUUGGCCGAUUUGACGGGUGGUAUCAGCGAAGCGAUCAGUAUUAAAGACCAGACAACACGACUCACCGACACUUUGACCAAAUUCUUGAGUAUGACAUCCAUUAUAACGGCUGUCGUCGCCACAAUCGGUGGUAUCAAUACUUACAUCCGUCGUCUUUAG